GAGUUGUUCUCCCCGUAGCAGCAUUGUGGUCCGAUUCGGUCGUCUCUCAAUAACAACGUUUGGUGCCAACCACAUUGGCGUGGUGUCGUCACAAUCUAGACGAGCUCUGCACAAACGAACGAACUUGCUAAUUGCGGGAGGAGGGAACGACUAGAUUGUGCCGUACCGUACCGUACCGAACCGAAUGAUUGCCUUCUACCAUCGCUACCGUACGCCGCUGCGAAGGCUGAGACUCUGGUGUGUGUGUCUGACGUAUUUAGUAAGUCUGCAUUCCACCAAUGCUUUGAUCGCGAAAAGCUGCGGUUCACGCCAAAUCACCGGCACGUGGGGCUACGCUCACUGGGCCCGUUACGGAGCGCUCCGGGUCAAAACCUUCGACCCCGCCGACAACGAAACGGAACACGACCGGCGACUCCAAGAUCACACUUUCCAGGCACGGAAUCGCUGUUGGAUUGUACUCGUCGACGACGAAGAGUCUAUUCGUGCGUCCGUGGGACAGUUCCUCUUCGACCAAGGCUAUCAGGUCACCGCCUGUGCCGACGCCGACGCCGUUUUGCAGGUCUGUGCGGAACCCCAACGUCCCGGCCAAUUGCCCCGACUGCCGGACGCCAUUGUUAGUGACGUGCGGAUGCCGGGAAAGGACGGUAUUGAACUGCUCGGUAUUAUACGAAACAGCCAACGCCUCGAACGCGUUCCUGUUAUCCUAUUGACGGCGAAAGCGAUGACCCAAGAUCGUGUACUGGGAUACCGGGCCGGUGCGGACGUAUACCUGCCGAAGCCGUUCAAUCCCGACGAGCUACUUAGUAUACUGGAUAACACCAUUCAAAGAAAACAGCAAAUGACGGGAACAAACGGUAGUUUGUUGGACUUGAAAGAGGAAAUGUCCAAUAUCAAGGAGCUCAUGAAACAGAAUGGGAAAAAUGUGGUGAAAAAGACGACCGUCUAUUUGACGCCAACGGAGCGAAAGGUACUCGGCUACCUAUCGCAAGGGUACACAAACGCAGAAAUUGCCGACGCCCGUGGGGUCAAUGUUCAAGGAGUUAUCCGGAUGAUACAAAAAAUGUACAGCGAGACCGGAACACGGAAUCGAACCGAGCUCGUCCGGUGGGCCAUGCAAACCGGUUACGUCUCGCAAAAGCGAUGA